AUGGAAAAUGAGACCAAAAAAGGUAAGCAAAAGAUUGAAAUGAAGUUGAUUGAAUCCGAGAAAGCACGCACAGUGAGUUUCUCAAAAAGAAAAAGAACUUUGUUCCAAGAUGUAGAUAAGUUUGCAGCUCAGACCGGAGCAGAUGUAGGUGUUAUGCUCUUUUCACCAAGUGGAAAACCAUAUUCCCAUGGUUCCACAAGUAUAGAAGAAAUCAUCGAUCAAUAUCUCAAAGUGAAACUAGAGGAUCACCAACGUGAUCAUGCUGAGGGAAAAAUGAACGGCUUUGAGGUAUUGGGAGCUCUCCAUAAAGAAUUACAAGCAUGGAACGAGAAAGAAAAAAAUCGAAAACUAAUGUAUAAGAUUAUGCACUCUGGCUCAGAAGCACCUCCAGAUAAACACAUGGAGGAGCAGAAGUUGGCAUUGAAGUUGAGGGUAGAGAAAAUUAAAAAAGAAACACAAGAUGCUAUUCUGGCUGAGCAUCUAAAGUUUGAUUUAAAUGUUGCCCCUGAGCCAGAAGAAGAUGAGACCAUAAUGGCUACAGCAGUUGUUGCUGCUUUAAACCCUGCUGCAGCAAUUUCUGGCUUCUUUGAGCAUCAUGAGCAAAACUGA